AAACCACGAGGGGUUGACGACGCUACCUUUAGUUUAGUUCUCUCUUCGUUUUUCCUAUAUUCACGCUGUCGCUCUGUCUAUCUGUCUCUGUCGUACACACCAAAUACACACGCGUCGCGCGAUUUUUACGAACUUUUUGAACCGUUAACUCGGUUUUUUCCAAUUUCAUUUUUCCCUUCUCGUUUCCAAGUUAAAAACAUGACUAACAAUAAUACAAGAAAAUAUUGACAAAACAAAAACAGUGCGCGAAGUGCGAUAACCGAAAAGAAAAAAAAAAAUUAGUUCAAAGACGACCAAAUGUCUGAAGAUGCCCCGGUGCUUGAUGGCAAAAAAGUGGAAGUCGUACCCGUGGGCCGACAGGGAACCCACCAAGGAGGCGCCCGAGGAGGAAGAGGAGAUUAUCGAUGUUGUCGGAGACUCGCAGGGUGCCUGUUGGGGUCCCUCGAGUCCUACGGAGGGUGCCACGGCACCCUCUCCGCCUCCCGGCAGUCCUAGUGGUACGACGAUACUUUAUAAUGGCUAUGUUCACGACUUGCAACCGUCCUCCUUCAGCACAUACAUACCCACCAAAACUGAGUUUCCCGGUCAGCAACACUCUACAGCACCUUCUUACGUCACUCUAAACACUGUCGAGGAAUCCAAUAGGGAGCACCAAGAAUUCAUACCACCCUCUCCUAUGAUCAAGCGAAAAAGUCUAUCUAUGACGUACACCUCGACCGGAGCUCACCUAAGUCUACCGCCAAAGAAAAAAGAUAUUUACAGGCCAUACUGUUUGGAUGAUAAUAAAAACGAAGAACCGCUGCAUCCUCCGUUGAGCUUUUUGACCAACCAACCCACCAUAAGGGUGCCUGCUGAAGAAGAUUUACAUGCAGCGCAUGCUAUUUUAGACCUAAGCGCAUCCACUACGGUAUUCCUACCACCACAAACCCCCCAGCAAGUGGAACACCAUCAGGAAAUCAACAACGACAUCCAAGAACAAGAAAACAUCCGACCUCCAUCAGGCAAAACAGUAGCCUACACUUACGAAGCAUUCUUCGUAAGCGAUGGCCGAUCAAAAAAACGCUCCAAUCCCGAAGAAACUCUAACUCCAAAAAUCAGCAACGAGAAACCGAAAUACACUUGCAGCGAGUGCGGCAAACAGUACGCCACUAGCAGUAAUUUGUCCAGACAUAAACAGACGCACAGGAGUCUGGAUAGUCAGGCGGCGAAAAAGUGCAUGACGUGUGGUAAAGCGUACGUUUCUAUGCCGGCGCUAGCAAUGCAUGUGCUGACGCACAAGCUUGCGCACAGGUGCGGAGUGUGCGGCAAACAGUUUUCCAGGCCUUGGUUGCUGCAGGGACACUUGAGGUCGCAUACUGGUGAGAAGCCGUACGGGUGUGCGCAUUGUGGGAAGGCCUUUGCCGAUAGAUCAAAUCUCCGGGCUCACAUGCAGACCCACUCGGCCGACAAAAACUUCGAGUGUCCGCGUUGCCAUAAAACCUUCGCGCUGAAGUCUUACCUCAACAAACAUCUGGAAUCGGCUUGUCUCAAGGACGAGGCGCAGCCCCAAUCCGCCAUCGACGACCUCGAGACGAUCAAACAAAAAGAGGUACAAGAAAUUUUACCUAGUCCGGUACCUGUACGAGUAUACUCUGGGUAAAAAAAUCGAUUGAGGCUUUGAAGAUGUCAAAAAAAUUACUGAGUGGGAAUUGUUUUUCUUGGAUAUUAUAGAGGAAGUGGUAGACAUUAUUGACAGGUAACUUAAGUUAUUACCAUGUGUUAACAUAUGUCACCGGUAGAUUCUUUAAGCCACUUCGUUAAUAUUAAGGAAUGUACAGGGUUAAUUUAUUUAUUCGUUUGAUAAUUUUUUUGACAUGUUCGGCCAAAAGUCAAAAACACUCUUUGAGAAAACUUAUAUUGAAAAAUUGUACAAAAAUAUUUUUGAUUAGUACUGAUAGAUGUUUAGGUGUUCUAUAAUUUACCAUUUUUCAAAAAAAGUAUAUAUUUUUCCACACGCGCGCGCAUACAAAUAGUGUUUUUGACUUAAUUAAAUACCAAAAAAAGUAUUAUAAUCUAGUCACUAUUCUUAUUCUAGUCAAAGUCUAGUCUUGCUAAUAUUAUUAUAAUAGUUCUUGCUUAAUUAAAAACCCUCUAAGGGUUUCCUGGUGUUCAAUAGCGGCCAUAUUUUUUAACCUUUUGUAAAUAGUCCUAAUUGAAGAAAAUUAAAAAAAAAUAAACACACGUCACACAUCGCAAAAACGUCCACUAAAUUAGGCUUUAGAAUGUAUUAAGGGAUGUAAAAUAAAAAAUAGGUUUAGAGGGCUGCGCACCAGCUAGUCAACAAGUUUUUCCUUUUCAACUUCCCCUUUUUCUAUCGUUCAAAUACAACGAAAGUUUUGAACGUUGCAACGUUUCAAAUACAACGAAUUUUUAAAGUAAUUUUUAAAACUAAAUAAGGGCUUGUUUUUUCAAAUUAUUCUUAAAAAUAGUCGCAGUUUAGUCCCGAUAUCUUAUUGAUAGAUCAAUUUUAUGAUGGUUAAAUCUAUUGAAAAACUUCUUUCUAAUUAUUUCAAUAAUUUUCCUGUUACAUGUAAAUAAUACACAACAGAGGGCUGAAACAUGAAGGACCCCGCACACCUGUUAUGGGUAUUUGGUUUUCUGUCAAAUUCAAUGAAGUGUUAGACCUUGACUUUCUGAUAAAAAGUUCUCAUAGGCCCGAACCAAUCCUAUGAUUAAUUUUUGAGAUACAGGUACUUUAAUGUCGAAGAAAUGUACACAUUUUAUAUGCAUUGGAACGAGAAUAAAUAAAAUUGAACCGUGUUCUUAUAUAUUUCUUUUCUAAUUUAAAACAAACAAACAGAACAACAAUAAACAACAACUGUCUCCAUAGAAUCCUCACAACGCCCCAUAGCCACCUGAUACUUCAAAAACACUCGUUACCGCAUAGGCAGGCGCGCCAUGUAUUGUGGGUUGCCAGCUUCCAGGCCACACCGCGCCAUUUAUGUUGACACCUUCCAAGUGUCCGCAGCACUAGAAUAAAACUAUUAUGUUCAUCACUGAUUUAUCAAUCUAACACGAUAUUGACAUUACCUGUGUAUCAGUGGAGUAAAAUUCUGACACAUUACGGGGGAUGUUUAUAUAGUAUGUGCCAAUAAGAAAUGAUUCUUACUGUACAUUUCUUAAACAUUAAACUACCUGUAUCUCAAAAACUAUUCAUAGGAUUGGUUCGGGCCCAUGAGAACUUUUUAUCAGGUAGGCAAGGUCUAAUACAUAUCAAAAUUUCAUUGAAUUUGACAGAAAACCAAGAGGUGUGCGGGGUCCUUUUAUAUUCGCGAUGCAACGUAUAUCGGCUCUUUCAUAUAUAUUUUUCUGUAGAUACAAAAAUAUUUAUUGUAAAAUAGAACUUUGAAAAAAAAUAGAAAAAAAAUCAAAAGCUAAAAAAACAUGAAUUCAAGCAAAAUAAUUUGAAUAAAAUAUUUAAAAAAAAAUAAGCAUAGUUUUUGGCAGUAUUUUUGCAAGCGUUCUAGGGUUAAACGAAGAUACCAAAUAGUUUACUGUAAGGUCGAAGAGAGAAAUGGAAUGAAUGUAGGAUGAGUGUAAAUCGGGCCAGUGCAAUAAUUAUUUAUUAGAAAAAAAUGUCGAGGACAUUAUUUUAGGUCCGAGCACUGUGCCCCAAAUCUGGCGAGUGUGCAGGUCUAGUCAAAAUAUAAGUAGCCAGUAAAUAACUUAGUGCCGGACCCUGGAAAAUGACGAAAAUCAUUCUUGUUUUUCUUCAAAGUUAAAUCUAGUCAUUUAUUAACCAAUACUAACUUAGUUUUAUUUAAUAACUAGUCACACUAACCCAACUGAAAACUAGUCAUACUUAAGGGAAUUCUAGUCAUUAGAGUUUCAUUUUUAUUAAACCAAAGUAAAACUUUCAGUGGCGGCUGGUCAGAGGAGGCAGAGGAGGCUAAGCCUCCCUCAAAAAAUUGAAAAUUCAAUCUCAGUUUUUUAUUCCUGAUUCCUUAUUAAAAUAAUACCUAAUUCACAAAUUACACUUUCCAACUUUCGAUAUAUCAAUGUAAUUUAGAAAAAUCUGACAUUACUUCAAUCAAUUCCGCGCCUCCACGACAAAAAUCUGUGAAUCUGGGAUACUCAGUAAUACCGGCCCGAAGGGCCGUAGUUAUACGCGAGCCCGAAGUGCUAGAGUUAUACGCGAGCUCGAAGGGCCGGAGUUAUACGCGAGCCCGAAGGGCUAUAGUUAUUUUAAUCACGGGGCCCUGUCUAUAUAUCUAUUGGUCAGCGGAUAAUUUGGAGCCAAUCAAAAAUAGGGAAUAUUCGAAAUGUGAUUUUCAGUCGAUAUUUCGAGUUUCAGUUCCGGAAAAAAGUUAGCCUCCCCAUCUUUCUUGAUUUUGAUUUUUUUUUUCCGAAUUUCCAAAAAAAAAAAACCAUCGGAUAGAGGAGCAAAAAAAAAAAAACGUUGAAAAGCUUAUGGGACUCUGCUUGCUACGCAUUUUAGGGCCGAGAAAAAAUUAAAAAAGGAUAUAUCGAUCUGACACGACGUCACUCUUUCGCUUAUAACUCCGCUAUUUCUCAACCGAUCAUUUCGCGUUGUAUCUCUUUUGAAAGAGAAUGAAAUUACCUACAAAAUGUUUUAUUAUUGAGAUUCCAGGCCGUUUUCGUCUUUGAGAUAUCAGCUGUCAAAGUUGAAAUUCUUUGUAAUUUUGUUAAAAUUUUCCAGGUCGAUUUUCUCGAAAACGGUGUCCCGUGGCGGGAUACUUCUUAUAAGCUUUUUUGUAGUACUCGACGAGAUCUAUAAGUUUUGUAUUUGAAGUUUUUCUCCCGAGCUUUUUGUUUUCGAGUUAGGACGCUUUGAAAAUAAAAAAUAAAAAAAAAUUUGAAGGCUUAUAGAUUUCUUUUUCCUUACCGUAAUUCAUUAUUUUUUAGCCUCCUCACUUGAAAUAGUCACGAGCCGCCACUGGAAAUUUUGUUCACUAUCUAGUCAUUUGAAAUACGGUGUUCUAAAACUCUCUUGAUUUCCGGAAUUAUGUGGUCAUCGGUUUUGUCUAAUCCGCUCCCACACAAAAUAUAAAAUAUAUAAUAUAACUUUGUCUCAAGUUUUGGAAAACCUUCAGAGGUGAUCAUCUCUUUUGCAUAAACUUGACAUGAGACUAAUGCUGGUUAAAAAAUGAUACAUGUCAUAGAAGUACACAGAAAUCCAAUGAAAAUAGAUAGGCACCAAGAAUAAUAAAUUAUCCGACCUAUAGAUACAAAUAUCAAGGAAGUUGAUUUUUUUCAAUCAAUUUUUGUCUAUUCCCGGCACUUGAAGUUGACUGUCAAUGGUCACUUCUGUCAAAUACUCAUGCAUGUGUCAAUCCAUGGCCAACUUGAUAACAUAUUUUUCCAGAAACUCCCUUGUCACUCUCAUUGAUAAGAAAAGGAGAGCCAAUAACGAACUGUCAAUUCAACAAAUAAUAAGGAUUUCUUUUCAAUCAAUUUUUGUCUAUUCCCGGCUCUUGAAGUUGACUGCGAAUGGUCACUUCUGUCAAAUUAUACAUAGAAUGAAGUAUAGGUCAAAUACUUAUGCAUGUGUCAAUCUAUGGCCAACUUGAUAACAUAUUUUUCCAGAAAGUCCCUUGUUACUCCCAUUGAUAAGAAAAGAUGGGCCGAUGACGAAUUUCCAAUUCAACAAAUAAUAAAGACUAUAACGCCUAAACUUGCGACGCCAUAGCCACUACCAUGUCUGACAAGUAUCAUCAAUCAAUCAGUCAGUCAAUUUCCCCGAUCAAGUUCAUUAUCAGUCUGAUUAUCAGUAAUUUUGCUAUUAUUUUUCCGAAUUUGUAUUUUUUCCAGUUAAAUGUUAAAUAAAAACAAUGUGUAGUGCAUAAUAUUGGAGUUUCCUUCGAUACCUGCUACAUAUUUGGCGCCCAACGUGGGGCCUGGGGUUUUGUAGUGAACCACCACCCCAAUGACUUUCUGGACUAAUUUUGUGACCGUAGAUCAAUCAACUAUAAAACGCGAGACAUUAUCGGUGUAAAUAUGCAAUAAUUGACUGAAUUGUGUAAGUUUUGUCAUAUUUAGAUAUUGUUCUCACAAUUUCUGGAAUAUUCCACACAAAUCGACAUUACAGUUUCCUGUGUGUCCAAGUUUCUCCUCCAUUUUGUAUUCACAUUACAGUUUCCUGUAUGUCCGUCCAAGUUUGUUCGAAGGGUUCAUUAUCAGUCUGAUUAUCAGUAAUUUUGCUAUUAUUUUGCUGACUUUGUAUUUUCCAGUAAUUGUCAAAUAAAAACAUUGAAAAACAAUGUAUAGUGCAUAGUGUUGGAGUUCCCUUGAAUACCCGCUACAAGAUUUCUUUUCAAUCAAUUUUUGUCUAUUUCCGGCUCUUGAAGUUGACUGUCAAUGGUCACUUCUGUCAAAUUGUACAAUGAAAUAUUGGUCAAAUAAUUAUCCAUGGCCAACUUGAUAACAUAUUUUUCCAGAAAGUCGCUGUCACUCUCAUUGAUAAGGAAAGGAGGGUCGAUGACGAACAUUCAAUUCAACAAAUAAUAAAGAUUUCUUUUCAAUCAAUUUUUGUCUAUUCUCGGCUCUUGGAGUUAACUGUCAAUGACCACUUCUGUCAAAUUGUACAAUGAAGUAUUGGUUAAAUAAUUAUGUAUGUGUCAAUCCAUGGCCAACCUGAUAAAAUAUUUUUCCAGAAAGUCCCUUGUCACUCUCAUUAAUCGGAAAAGGAGGGCCGAUGACAUUAAUACUCUCGCUGCCGAGUGUAACAUUGAUGUACUCCCUGUAUUGACAAGCGUGUAACAUUAAUGUACACCAGUAACGUUUUGGUUAAAACGCUGGUAUAUCAAAAGUGUAACACCGCGAUAACGUAUUUCAUAUGGGAGAUUUACUCUGUUGGCCUGUGGCUUUACAUCGAUAUACAGAGCAUCGGCGUAGGACGAAUACAACUUACGGGGUAGAGAUGAAAUGAAAAAGGUGUAACAUUAAUGGGUCUUGGCUCACGAUGAAAAAAUUGAAAAUAUGUUUGGCGGCGAGAGAGUGAACUUUUGAUUUAUUGAAUUUUACACCAAAUUUCUCAGCCCUAAUCAUAACCUCCCUAAGAAUUCUAUCAUGUUCCUGUUCUGUAGGUACUUCCUGCUAUGAUAAAAUCGUCAAAAUAAAUACCUAUGGGUAGAUCUCCAAAUAGGUUGUGAUUCAUUCUCUGAAAAACCUCCGGACUCAGAUUCAAACCAAAAGGCAACCUAUUAAAACAAUAUUUUCCGAAGGGUAAGUAAUAUAAAUUCUUCCAUUGUCCCAUAAUGAUUUUCGUCAUUUUCACGUCCAAAUUAGUACCAAAAAAAAAAAAACAAAUCACCUAGUAAAAUUAUUUAGCACACACACAAAAAACUGUACAGUAUAGAGAGUGAUAUAUAAACUUUAGAUAUUAGAAGUUGUUUCUUUACCAAGUUUAUAUAGUUUGUAUUUUAAUGUUCUGGCGUUACUUCGGGAAACUAUAGGAAAAACAGUCGGACCUAAGGAGAACGGUGAAUUUCUUUUUAUAGGUAUUAAGAGUAAAUAAAAUAAUCAACGAAAAGCAAUAUAUAAAAAAGCAAUUAUUGUUACGUGUCAAUAUUACAACGAAUGUUUGCCAACAAAAAAACGAAGAAGAGCAAUCUACAAGCAAUAUUUUAUACACUCGUAGGAUUAAGUGAAUUAUUUUGGCAAACGAGGGAAAUUUGCAGUUUUCAUCAGAAUCGAAAAUAUUUCUUAUAAUAAAUCCCGGGUGCCGGGUAUUCAAAAGCAAUAAUACAGUAGGAUUGGUCCAAGACGGCCCAGCCUCUGAAACCAUAGCAAUAUAUGAAUAGAUAACUAAAUAAGUUUAGGUAUAUUAAUAUUGACAAAUUUUAAAAUAUUAUAUACAUAAUAAAUAAGGAGUUGACAUACAAAAAUAAUUAGAUAAUGCUACAAUAACAUUGUUGUAAAGGGAGUGCUGAAGUUGUCAAUUAAUUGAAUAAAAACAUCGUUAAAACGUCAAUUAAACACUCCCUAUCCAACACACGAAAAUGCUAGAUUAAAAUAGACAAAACCAAAAACUAUAAUAAUCAAAUAAGCAAUUACUAAAAAAAAAAAAAAAUACUUAAGACUUAGACUUAUUAGCAACCAUAGCCUUUUAUCAUUAAAUAAUAAUGGUUUAUGUAAUUUUACAUAAGAACUGUAAAAUGACAUAAUAGAGAUAUUUUAUGAACAUUAGAGUUAAAUAAAUAAAUUUUAUAUAAUAUUUAAUACAUUUUUUCUGGUUCUUGUUUAUAUAUUGUAAUUUGUCUUUGUCUUUAUUGAAACUUUUCUAAUUUGUCAAUUUUUCUUAUGCGCGUCUUGUUUCUCAAUAUUUAUUUUCUUAUCAUUGUUUUCCUUUGUAUUCAAUUUCAGCCUGCUUGAACAAACAUUACUUUUAUUGUAAUUUUUGUUGAAAUCGUCACAAGGACAAUUCAAAAUAACCUAUUUUGGAUUGUCUAUACAUUGUGGGGCACGAAAAACUUUCCACCCAGGUUCUCUCAGGUAUCAGGUAAUACAUACUAACCCAUAUAACAUCUGAGUGGGAAAUCACUUGAGUGGGAAAUCACCUGAGUGGGAAAUCACCUGACUGGGAAGUUUUUCGUGCCCCACCAUGUAUAUAUUAUACCUAUGAUAAAUAAGAACUAAGUAAAAAACAAAUUGUAAAAUUUAUAUAGUGCAUAAUAUUAGCGAGUAGAAACCACGUCCAAUUGAAAAUAAAAAAGUAACUAGUUGCAUGCCAAAGAAAUGUUUUUUGACGAAAAUUUUUACAACUAUUUUAAAAUGUUUCUUUGAAGUGGGUACAGGCCCAAUUUGUUUGUAUUUUCCCUAUAUUAAUUCUGUAUCUAUCUGUUAUAUACAGGGUGAACCACUUAUAAAAACAAUAAGAUUGAUUUUAAAGAUGACUUGGUCCACCCUGUAUAAUAACCAAAAAAUUGUUAUUAACUGCUAUCUACUAAAAAAAAAAUUGAUUUCACUUAAAACAACCCUAUUUAAAAUGGGGGUUUGCAUAUUUAACGGCUAGUGCAUUUUGUGCUUGCUAUACCUUCUGUAUACACCAAAAAAAAAAAAGCAGUCCAUUUAAAUGACCACAAUAUAUUGAUUAUAUUUACCAUUUAUUCACUACAUAGGAAGUUUUUGUAUUAUAUUUUCAUAAUAAAUAGAAUAGAAAAUAUUAAUUGA